AUGUUCAGAAGGACGAUUAAUAGAAAGAAUGCGUUUUUAAAUCUAGGCGUUGGGCGCCUGAUGUAUCAUGUUCCCAGAGCCGACAAAAGUUUGAAGACAGAAUAUAAUACUACCACUGAUUAUGGUAGUUACAAAAAUAAUAUUUUCACGCAUAGGUUACCAGAAUCAACAGCACAACAAAGUCCGCCUUUAGUUGCAUUGCAUGCAAGAUUAAACUUGUCUCCUUUAUACUCACUUUCUACCCUUUCCCAAGCAUUGAAUUUAGAUAAGUUUGAUAAUGGUCUAGCAAAUAAUUUUGGCUUAAAUACUUUGGGUAAAACCUUGUUGUCUUACUAUGUAUCAGAACACUUGUUGGUACGGUACCCUAGGUUGCCUAUACCAGUACAUAAUGCUGCUGUGGACGCAUAUAUGGGUGUUGAAAUCCUUUCAGAGAUUGGAAGGUCUUGGGGUAUUGAAGUUGAUAAUACUAAAAAGUUAGAUAAAUACUUGAGUCAAGAAUCCGAAUUCAUUCGUUAUGGAAAGUUAAGGUUCCUUUCUGAGGAAGCGAAAGAACCUCAAGAGGAGGGAGUUGCUGAAUUAUCUGAAGAAGAAAUUACGCUGAUUCAACACGCUCCUGGCUUUUAUUUAUCCAAAGAAUCAAAUGCAUAUGCCUCUGCAGUACGCUCAAUAAUCGGUGGCUUAUAUACACAUGUUGGAGAGAACGUAACGAAAGAGUUUAUCCAUGACCAUAUAUUGUCCAGAAAGUUAUCUUUAGAUAAAAUGUUCCAAUUCAGUAAGCCAACAAGAGAGCUUGCAAGAAUAUGUGAAAAGUUAGGUUUUACUGAGCCUUUGCAAAUUAGAUUACUUGCGGAGACAGGGAGAUUAUCGAGUCAUGCAGUUUUUGUCGCUGGAGCCUUCUCAGGUAGUGACAAAUUGGGCGAAGGUGUAGGUUCAUCUUUGCAAGAAGCUAAAACGAGAGCAGUUGUUGAUGCCUUGUUGUCAUACUAUUUGUACACUCCAGUGAGUGAGGAUGGUAGUCCUGUAAAGUUGCCUAGCGACAAAGAUUAUAAGCUCGAAGGCAUUGUUGGCAUAGGCGAUGUAGCCAUUUAA